AAAAUCAAUACUUCCUGAACCCAUCUGUCAAUUUCGAAUUGUUUUUGUCUAAAUUGUAAAAAUUAGCUUGUUGUCACUUGCAACGUCGAGCGAAGAAAAACUCAGUAUGGAACCAACUAUACUACACAACCUUCGAAAGGUUGAAGAGUUCAAAACCUUCGAUCUGAGGUAUUUCCUGAUUAUCUACGCCAUCGUUGUCCUGAUGGUUCUGGGUGUUCCUCUGGCUUUUCUGCUGCAAAACAAGGGAUCGCCAUUCGAAAGGAAUCGUUUUCAACUGGAAGCCAAUCGUUUGGAGGAGGAUCGACCAAGGGGAGGAGAAGCCCGGCGACGAAACCGGGAUUCGAGUGCCUAAUAAGCUUUUAAUAUUGAUGUUGAUAUUCAGGGAAAUACAUUGAAUGCGAGGCAGCGGUCUGUUUGUAGUUUCUCCUAGUCUAUUCCCCCCAACCCCAAGUGUCUGGCCCGCUUGUGGCACACUCCAUAAGCGCUAAGCCCCCAUUCAAAAUGCACAUACAAAAAACCCGAGAAAUCUAAUGUAAAAUCAAUAAUAAUUACGGCGAGUAGGCCAUCGGCGGUUGGGUCACGUCAACCGAUUCGGACACUUGUUGCAUACGAAAACAGGAGGAAGUCCGUUGCAGUUUUGGCUCGCGAGCGUCGACGGCCGAGUGUCAGCCGAGAUACAAGAUACGAGAUACUCAGAUACACAGAUACGCAGAUACUUGCCUUUUAUUUGGGAUGGUCAAACAGACAGACGGACAGGCUUGAAAAUUUAGCCCCAACAUGUGCAAUGUGCAACGGCAAACAAUUAGGGCGACGUGUGGCAGAUGUUUUUCCUUCUCGAAAGCAGGACUCUUAAAAAAUCAGAGGGAUGCGCGGAGAAGUGGCUACACUAACAGGCCAGUUCCACAGGCAAAACUACCUGCCGUUGUUGUCCUUUCAAAAAAUAUAAGAAGGAAUAUGUAUACAUGUGGAAGAAACCCAUAGAAAGCCAAGCCAGGUGCAGCUGGAAAACUGGCAAAAAGAGUGG